AUUAUCUGAUGACGACAAAGACAGUGUUGAUGAAUGUGUGGUAACAGAGAAGCCUGCUGUAAAAUUGAUUGAAACGGACCUUGGACAUGGAAUUAUAGUGACGCAUCCGGAUAUGUAUGAUUUCAAAGACAAUGUUCGCUGCAGGCCUUGGUCGCUAGAUCGGAGGAUUGUAGAAGGAACAGAUAUAAUGCUUGGUUUCCAGGAAGUGACGUGUUGUGAUGUAUAUGAAGUUUUCAGUAAAAGCGGAAGAAGUGUACUGAAGUUUGACGAUAAAGAUGAAAAACACGUCACCUUUUCUGUCAGAAUAAAAUAUCUCUUCCGAAACGAAGAUGUUUCAUACGUAGCAAAAGUCAAACAAGGCCCCAAAUGGGAAUCAGUGGCUGCAAAUCUUGAGGAUGAGAAUGUGACUUUCCAUACUACAGAACUGGAGAGUUUAUAUGUGAUCUGCUUUCCUACCCAAACCAGAUACAUAAUCGAACCCAAGGGACGAGAGAUAAAACCCGAGAACUUGGACGGAGACAGACUUCAGUUCCCCCCAAAUUUUGUUGACAAACCGAAAACCACAUCCAUUCAAUUUUCCUCUGUGGAUAAAAUAGGCAUGGACAAGCGCCAUAAACUUUUCCCCGACCUUUUCAAGCUGAAGGCUGUAUCUCGUAGAGUAUAUGUUGAACAUGACAUUUCCAGUUCGAAAUCCAUGCUUGCUGAAUUAUCUCUUAAGGUUUUGGGUGAAAAUCACAACCUCAAGGAUCUGGAGAUUGUUGGAUUCCGGUGGAAAGAUGGCGAUGUUUCCUUGAUGUCUAAAGAAGAGUGCAAGGCGAAGAAAGUCGGGAAAAAUACCAUUACUUUACAGACGGACGGUCUUGUAAAUAAAUCUGGAUUUUCUCUCGGACUUGCAUUGCCAGGGUUCACAGAAAUUAAUGCAAAGGAAAUAAAACUAGCAUAUCGUGAUGAAUAUAUCUGUCGGUUCUUCAUGCACAUCAAAAAAACGGGGGCUCGAUCCGCCAUUGUAUUUAUUGACUGUGUCAAACUUGAGGACAUCAACACUCUUCUACCGAAUUAUGUCACCGUCUUCAAAAUCGGAGAGUCUGAUAACUUAUACCUUCGAGAUUUCCAACGCAUCCGUAUUGAUACAACCGGAAGCUCUCUCAGGAAGAAAGACGAAAAACAUGAAAAAUGUUUUGUGUAUUUUUUCGCAUCAUCUGAGAAAAACCAUCUUGAGUUUAAAAUCGAGCAGAAUCAAGGUCUGGGUGUAUCGCCCUCGACGACUUUAAAGUUCAGUUUGGACAAUGGACCAUUUAAACGUGUUGUUCAUCAACAAGACUUCGAGCCUUGGUCGAUAGCCCUUGGGGACAAAACAGAUGCAGGACAGAGAAAAAUUGAACAAAUAUCGCGUGGAAAUACAAUGUUAAACAUAUAUAAAUCCAAAAAAUAA